AUGCCUUCAGGUCAAGGAACGGGCACAAACCCGAUUCACAACAAGAAGCCCAAGAAGGAAAAGAAGGAGGAAGACGAGGAGGACAAGGCAUUCAAGGACAAGCAGGCAGCUGACAAGAAGGCACGAGAUGAGAUGGCCAAGAAAGCUGGAGGAAAAGGCCCGCUGGGUGGUGGUGGGAUCAAGAAGAGUGGGAAGAAGUGA